UUACAAUAAUAUUGACUAACUCAAAACUGUUAAUUAAUACUGAUUAAUAGAGUGUGUUAUUGAGUUUUUUUCUAAGUGCAUAUAUCAAUCUUACUUAACGAUGAAGAUCGGAGAUUAUGUUGGUUAUUUAAUUCUACUUAGUCUUACAAUAUUAAAUGAAACUUCAAAUGGAUUUAAAAUAUUAGGUGUAUUCCCACAUGCUGGAAAAAGUCAUUUUAUGGUAUUUGUACCAAUAUUAAGAGAAUUAACUCGACGUGGUCAUGAAGUUACCGUAAUAAGUCAUUUUCCAGAAACGCACCCACUACCAAAUUAUACGGAUAUUUCGAUUGUCGGGGCUGGAGAAAUUGGUUUAAAUAAUAUACCAACCUCAAUGAUAGUAAACAAUAAAUUUCGAAAUAUCCUUGAUCAUUUUUUUCUCGGACAGAAAGGUGCACAGAAUUGUGAGGCCUUAAAUUAUCCUCAAGUCCAAAAUCUGAUAAGAUCAAAUAAAACAUACGAUCUUAUUAUUCAUGAACACUUCAACACUGAUUGCUUUAUGGCAUUGAAUUAUAUUUUUAAAGCACCGAAUAUAGGACUGAGUUCUUGUACUAUGAUGCCAUGGCUUUUUGAUCGCUUUGGUAUUCCAAAUAAUCCUUCAUAUAUGCCAGUGAAUUUGUUACAUUAUGGAGAUAAAAUGACGUUUUUCGAACGUGUGAUAAACACAGUGGCUUAUUUUUUACAUUCAUACAUAUUGGCAGAUAUUUUAAUGACAAAACCAGCAGAUAACGCGGUUAAAAUGUACCUUGGGGAAAAUAUACCAUCGGUAGCAGAAAUCGUUAAAAAUACGAGUUUAUUUUUAAUAAAUACUCAUUACACAUUAAACAGAGCUCGGCCGUAUCCUCCAAACGUUAUUGAGAUAUCUGGCGUGCAUCUUGACACACCUAAGGCACUACCGUCUGAUAUAGAAAAAUUUAUAUCGGAAUCUAAACACGGUGUAAUUUACUUUAGUUUCGGAUCGAUGUUAUUAGGUAGUUCAUUACGUGAUGAAGUCAAACAAGCUUUUAUGGAUACGUUUAGAGAGCUGCCGCAACGAGUAUUAUGGAAAUAUGAAAAUGAAACAUUACCUGGAAAACCAGAGAAUGUUAUGAUCAGAAAAUGGAUGCCCCAGUUUGAUAUUUUGAGUCAUCCAAAUGUGGUAGGAUUUGUAUCUCACAGUGGACUGCUAGGUACUAUAGAGGCAUUUCACAAUGGAGUUCCAAUUGUAUCGGUACCAUUUUUCGGUGAUCAAUUUAUCAAUGCAAAAGCAUUAGAAUCGCAUGGUACUGCAGCUAUUCUAGAUCAUUGGAAUCUUAAAAAAGACUCCAUUAGUAAAGCGUUAAAGUUCAUUUUGCAACCUAGUGUGCUGGCAAAAGCAAAACGUCAAGCACGUAUAUUUCGUGACAGGCCUAUGUCCCCUAUGGAUACAGCUGUAUGGUGGAUUGAGUAUGUAGCUCGAAAUGGUGGAGCUGAUGAAAUGCGACCAACUGUUGUGAAUAUGCCAUAUUAUCAAUCUGCUCUCUUGGACGUUGGGCUAUUUUUAUUAACUGUGAUAUUAAUUGUAGUUUACAUUAAUUAUUUAUUAAUAAAAUCUAUUUUAAAUAAAUUAUUAAACAGGAACAAAGUGAAAAAAGAUUGAUUAGGUGUGGUGUAAUUAGUUGAGUUUUUAUUUCCACCAAAU